AUGGGCCAGGGCUGCGGACACUCCAUCCUCUGCCGGAGCCAGCCGUACCAGGCGGCCGCAUCUGAUAUCCGCGGGUUCCUGCGGGCGGGGGACGCCGCUCCCGGCCCCGAGGCGCUACAGGAUGCUCUGCUGAGCCUGGGUGCUGCGCUUGAUGCCACCGCCCUGCGUGAUGCCCUCCGCCAUGCCCUUGUCACCCUGCUGCCCGCUGUGGAGCAUGUCUACAUCUACCUGCUGGAUGGGGCUGCACGGCUGCUCUGCGAUGACCCCCCGCAUGAGCUGCCGUCCAACGGGAAGCUCAGGGAUGCUGUGCAGAAGCAGAAGCGGCUGGAAUGUGCGGGGCUGCUCCCUGCUGAGCUCCCUGGCCGGCACCUGGGACCCCUGGCAGCCCCCCUGGCCCCUGGCACACAAGUGCUCAUUAUCCCAUUGGUGGACAAGAACAGUGGAGCCGUGGUCUGCGUCAUCCUGGUACACUGUGGCCAGCUGAGUGAGUCAGACGAGCAGAACCUGUGUGCAUUAGAGAGACAUGCCCUGGUGGCAUUCCGGCGCCUGCAAGCUCUGCAGAAGUUACAGCCCUGGCCCCAGGUCAGCCUCUCUACCAGCUCUUCCCAGACCUCUCUAGCCAAGCCCGAGAAGGCACCUGGCAGCAGCUACAGUGACCUGGACUGCAAGAUCCUACAGCUCUGUGGUGAGCUGUAUGACCUGGAUGCCGCCUCGCUGCAGCUCAAGGUCAUCAACUAUUUGAAGCAGGAGACCCAGUCUCUGUGCUGCUGCCUCCUGCUCGUCUCUGAGGACAACCACCAGCUCUUCUGCCAGGUGGUGGGGGACCGUGUCCUAGAUGAGGAAAUCAGCUUUUCACUCACGUUUGGGCGCCUGGGGCAGGUGGUGGAGGAUAAGAAGCCCAUCACUUUGAAGGACAUUAGCGAGGAGGAGCACAAGCAGCUGAGCAGCAUGCUGGGCUGUGAGGUCACCUCUAUGCUCUGUGUCCCUGUCAUUAGCCGGGCCACCUCCCAGGUGGUGGCACUGGCCUGCGCCUUCAACAAACUGAGUGGGGAGAGCUACACAGACACGGAUGAGCACAAGAUCCAGCACUGCUUCUGCUACACCUCCACAGUGCUCACUAGCACCCUGGCCUUCCAGAAGGAGCAGAAGCUCAAGUGCGAGUGCCAGGCCCUGCUGCAGGUGGCCAAGAACCUCUUCACCCACUUGGAUGAUGUCUCUGUCCUGCUGCAGGAGAUCAUUACGGAGGCCCGGAACCUCAGCAAUGCUGAGAUAUGCUCUGUGUUCCUGCUGGACCGGCUCAGUCAUGAGCUGGUGGCCAAGGUGUUCGAUGGUGGAGUGGUGGACGACGAGAGCUAUGAGAUCCGCAUCCCAGCAGACCAGGGCAUUGCUGGCCAUGUGGCCACCACUGGCAAGAUCCUGAACAUCAAGGAUGCCUACUCACACCCGCUCUUCUACCGUGGGGUGGAUGACAGCACCGGCUUCCGCACCCGCAACAUCCUUUGUUUCCCCAUCAAGAAUGAGAGCCAGGAGGUCAUUGGGGUGGCAGAGCUGGUCAACAAGAUCAAUGGCCCUUGGUUCAGCAAGUUCGAUGAGGACCUGGCCACUGCCUUCUCCAUCUACUGUGGGAUCAGCAUCGCCCAUUCCCUGCUGUACAAGAAGGUGAAUGAGGCACAGUACCGAAGCCACCUGGCCAAUGAGAUGAUGAUGUACCACAUGAAGGUGUCUGAUGAUGAGUACACCAAACUGCUGAGUGAGGGCAUCCAGCCCGUGUCCACCAUUGACCCCAACUUUGCCAGCUUCACCUACACGCCACGCUCACUGCCUGAGGAUGACACCUCCAUGGCCAUCCUGAGCAUGCUGCAGGACAUGAAUUUCAUCAACAACUACAAGAUGGACCGUCAGACACUCACCAGGUUCUGCUUGAUGGUGAAGAAGGGAUACCGUGACCCUCCCUACCAUAACUGGAUGCACGCAUUCUCUGUCUCCCACUUCUGCUACCUGCUCUACAAGAACCUGGAGCUCGUUAACUACCUGGAAGACAUCGAGAUCUUUGCCCUCUUCAUCUCCUGCAUGUGCCAUGACCUGGACCACAGAGGCACAAAUAACUCCUUCCAGGUGGCCUCGAAAUCAGUCCUGGCAGCGCUCUACAGUUCAGAGGGCUCUGUCAUGGAGAGGCAUCACUUUGCCCAAGCCAUUGCUAUCCUCAAUAGCCAAGGCUGCAACAUCUUUGACCACUUCUCCCGAAAGGACUACCAGCGCAUGCUGGACUUGAUGCGGGACAUCAUCUUGGCCACUGACCUGGCCCACCACCUCCGCAUCUUCAAGGAUCUCCAGAAAAUGGCAGAAGUGGGAUAUGACCCCAAGAAUAAGCAGCACCGCAGCCUGCUGCUCUGCCUGCUCAUGACCUCCUGUGACCUCUCUGACCAGACCAAGGGCUGGAAGACCACCAGGAAGAUUGCAGAGCUGAUCUACAAGGAGUUCUUCUCCCAGGGUGACCUGGAGAAGGCCAUGGGGAACAGCCCACUGGAGAUGAUGGACCGAGAAAAAGCCUACAUCCCUGAGCUGCAGAUCAGCUUCAUGGAGCACAUUGCCAUGCCCAUCUACAAAUUGCUGCAGGAUCUCUUCCCCAAGGCAGCGGAGCUCUACGAGCGGGUGGCCAGCAACCGGGAGCAGUGGACCAAGGUCUCCCACAAAUUCACCAUCCGGGGGUUGCCCAGUAACAACUCUCUGGACUUUCUGGAUGAGGAAUAUGACCCACAGGCCCCUGAUCCCCAGCUCAACGGCUGCCUGGAACCUGAGGCGGGGCAGCCCCCUGAGGCUGGGGCUGAGUGA